CCAAUCACUGGCCUUAACCUCCUGGUACAGAGCGUCAACAGGUAGACUUGGGAGGGUAAAGGUAGCUCGAGGCUGUAAGCAUAGAGCUAAAUCUUUUUAGGCUUUAGUUAAAUUGCACCUCUGAGCUGUUUCGUCAGGACGAUAUUGUGAGACAGUAAACUGGACCUCGCUGCCUUAUUUUGAAGGGUACAGCGGAUGUCUUGGUCAUGAUUGCUAGCUUGAUGUUAUGGAGCUGCUAGUGUAUCGGACAGCUACCCUGGUGUGAACUUUAUUUCAGGCGCUAAAGACCUCCAGUCCCCCUUUGUUCCAGUUUAGAAGGUAAAGUCUAACGUUGCAUGAUACUGGGAAGGCCUGGUGUUGUUCUGUCCUCCUUCUGAUGCUAGCUUUUAGCAUCAUGUAUUUUAGCUAACUGUAGCUGUAUUUAGCUGUAUUUGAUGCGACAGUUUUAUAAAGACACAACGGUCAUUUCAUUCGUUACUGUAUUGUAAUAGGUUUGUUAUCGUGGUUUCUUUCAAAGUGCGGUGGUUUCUUCCAGCUAACUGAAUAAAACCAGAGUUGACUUUGUUAGCAUGCUGAAUGAGUGCGGUGGUUCGGAGAAACCACGGGCCACAGCUGAAAAAGGUCCCCAAUACGUGACGGUCCGCAGUGAAGACGUUUAUAGACGAGAAAACGUUUUGGGAAGCACACACGUAUGUUUUAGCUAACCCUGUAGUGUGUACCCGAGGACACGUGAAGUUCCGUAAAGCUUUACCGCCAAACGCGGUGUUUUGCUGUGAGAUGCGGAGAAGGCAUGAACGUAACGUGAUCUUUCUUGCUAGUUUGAGUGAUUUCGGUGAACAUGGCGGACCGGGAGGAGCGCCGGUUCGCCGAGGUUUCCCGGGAGUCUGUCAGACUGAUGGCGGAGGGCGCAGGUGUGGAGCUCGGUGACGAUGUGGCGGCUCUGCUGGCCGAGGACGUGUGUUACCGACUCAGGGAGGCCACGCAGAGCAGCUCUCAGUUUAUGAGACAUGCCAAGAGGAGGAAGCUGACGGUGGAGGACUUCAACAGAGCUCUGCGCUGGAGCAACGUGGAGGCCAUCUGCGGCUAUGGAGCCCAGGAUGCGCUGCCUUUCCGUUCAGUGAAAGAAGGCGAGCUCUUCUUUGUUGAGGAUCGGGACGUCAAUCUGGUCGAGCUGGCGCUGGCUACCAACAUCCCCAAAGGCUGUGCUGAGACCAUGGUGCGAGUCAAUGUGUCAUACCUGGAUGGUAAAGGUAACCUGGAGCCUCAGGGUACAGUUCCUACAGCAGUACAGUCUCUGUCAGAUGACUUACUGAAGUACUACCAGCAGAUCACAAGGGCCAUCUUAGGAGAGGACCCGCAUCUCAUGAAGGUGGCUCUGCUGGACCUCCAGUCUAACUCCAAGAUUGCAGCCCUGCUUCCGUACUUUGUUUAUGUCAUCAGUGGAGUAAAGUCGGUAAGCCACGACCUGGAGCAGCUUAACAGACUAAUGCACAUGGUGAAGAGCCUGGUCCAGAAUCCCUACCUGUACCUGGGCUCGUAUGUACGCAGCCUGGUCUCCAGUGUCAUGUACUGCAUCCUAGAGCCACUGGCAGCCUCCAUUAACCCACUCAACGACCACUGGACUCUCAGGGACUACGCUGCCCUGCUCCUCAGCCACAUCUUUUGGACUCAUGGUGAUCUGGUAAGUGGUCUCUACCACCAGAUCGUGCUUUCGCUCCAGAAGGUUCUGUCUGACCCAGUGAGACCACUGUGCUCCCACUAUGGAGCUGUUGUGGGCCUUCAUGCUUUGGGAUGGAAGGCUGUCGAGCGCGUCCUCUUUCCACACCUUCCUGCGUACUGGGCCAACCUCCAGGCUGUGUUAGAUGAUUACUCUGUGUCCAACGCCCAGGUGAAAGCUGACGGACACAAGGUCUACGGAGCCAUCCUGGUGGCAGUGGAGCGCCUGCUAAAGAUGAAGGCGCUGUCUCUGUCGCAGUCAGCAGAGGGACAGUCCGGUGCUCAUCCGGGUUCUGUGGUGGGAGCUGCGAGCUACAGGGUGAACUCUCCGGGACUCAGCCCACCUCCAGAGCCUCUGUCAGAAGCUGCCCUUGGAAUUGCCAGCCACCUCCAGGUGGGUGGGGCCGGCUGUCACUGGGAGGAGUGGACCCCCGUCCCUCUCCCCGCCAUGUACUGUGAGCUUUACUCCUUCUUCGGCGACAGCCUGGCUGUCCGCUUUAGCACAGGACCAGGAUUUGGCACCCACUCGCCCUGCGCUCCAUCCCAGCUUAGUGACUCCAGGAAGGAACCUCCUGGCCCCGCCUCCAACCUCGACACCACCCGGAAGAUGCCACAGCUCACCGCCAACCUCAACAUCAGCCCCAGGCAGGACGGGAGUCCGCGCACCGAUCCACCUCCGCCGAGUCUUUCAGGCACAGGGGCUGUGCCUCGUGCCUCGUCUAUGCAGCGCUCCAAAUCCUCCUCAUCAUGUUCACGCCAACGUUCAGCUGGUCUGUCUCGUGAAGUGUUCCCCAAAGCUCGCUUCACCUCACCUCAGACCACACCUCCUGCAUUUUCCUUUCUUAUUGGUGGGCGGCAAAUGGGCCAGCGUUGUCAAGGCCGCCGCCCUUUCCAGACAAUGUUUGCAACAACUCCGCCUGUUUCUGCUGUUCCACCACGUACCUAUGCACACAAACUGCCCGUCAUCGGCAGGGUGGGCAAACCUGUACGUCGCUGGACAUGCUCACAUUACUCCCUUCACCUGCCUCUAUAGUGUGUGUGUGUGUGUGUGUGUGUGUGUGUGUGUGUGUGUGUGAGCUAACAUUAGUCUGACUGCUGCAGACUCUUCCAGGCACACGUUGCUCUGAUUAAGCUGCUGGAGUUUUUAGGGGAUGUUGUCAGUAAAGAGGCCACACAGGGCUAAGCUGCCACUCACAUGUAUGAACAUACAGAUGAGGCCCAAAGAGAUUCUAAACAUGCUAAUUAAACAGCUAGUCAGUAUCUGAAUGUCAGCAUCUGGGAAUGAGAGCAUGAAAUGUAACACGUGACAGCUUGUUGGGCCUCUGCUGCCUUGCACGUCUCCACAGUUACUGCCGGGCCUGUUUAGCCUCAGCUCACUCAUGCUGGUGGGAAAUCUUUACUGCAGUCGCCAAAUGAUCAUUCUGCCAAUAUUUCAUUACUGCUUCAUUUUUUAAUUAAUCUGUUAUUCUUGUAACAAAUCUAUUUGUUUACUCAGUUUUGGUCCCUGUAAAAAGCAACAGCUGGAUGUGCUGCAUGCAUGUCAGGACCAGCACGUUUGGAUCACAGCACCGACGUGUCUGCUGCACUUUCAUUGGAGAAUGGACAAAAUCCUGCGAUGUGUGUGGAGCAGAGGGAGCUGUGAUCUUCCCUAAAUAAAUCUUUCAAGUUGACACGUUUUUCCAUCAUUUAGUUUUUUCCACUGUUUGAUGUUUUCCUGAAACUCUUGUUUAGCUUGUGCUAGUGUCGAUUAAACUCAUAAUAUCAGUGAAUACCUGCUGAGGACAAUGUUGGAGCAAGAUGGGAUAUGUUGUUAAUGACUGUUUUUCAUAGACUGAAUAAAUAUUUACUUGUUGCUGAUGUUA